GCAGCAACAGCAGCAGCAGCAGCAGCAGCAGUUAUGGUCCACGGUGGUAAAAGGCCGCAUGUCUCAGCGGCAAAACCACCCGCAGCAGCAGCAGCAUCGGCAGCAGCAUCAGCAGCAGCAGCAGCAGCAGCAACAGCAGCAGCAGCAACGACAACAAGUUGAGCGCUAUGUGCCACCACAGCUUCGUCAGCAGCAGCAGCGGCAGCAGCAGCAGCAGCGGCAGCAGCAGCAGCAGCAGCAGCAACUUCGUCCGCAACAACUGCGCCCGCAACAACAGCGACCACAGCAGCGAAAGCCAGCCAAGCCCGAGCUCAUUGAGGUGUCGCCCAAUGAAGGUCAGGAUUGGGAGAGCCUCCUGCUGCUAGUACAAACGGCAGUCAGGACCGACGAGCAGUACAAGCCGCUGAAGGACCAUGUCGUCUUGGGCCGCCGCACCAGCAAGUCGUUGCUGCGACUCACGCUCAGCCGCAAAGCGAAUGCGCAGCUCAUGUUGCAACAGAUCCGAGCCAUCGUGGGCAGUGCUGGAGUUUGCCGGCAUGUUACGGAAAUGGCGGCAGUGGUAGUCCAUGACGUCGAUCCGCUAGCCCAAGAGGAGGACCUCACUUCGCUGCUCGACAGCAACUUCGAGUCGGGAGCGGGUAUUGUCUCCACCACCAUGACCAAGAUGGCUGACGGCACCCAGCGCGCGUUCGUGCGACUGCCCGCGAAGUCUGCGAAGGAGCUUGAGGGCACCAAGAUCAAGCUGGGCUUUUGCGUCAGCAAGAUCAAAGCCGUGCCACCGACCCCUCGAGAGCGUGUUCGCUGCUACCGCUGCCUCGAGCUAGGUCAUUGGGCCCGUGAUUGCCGUUCACCCGAAGACCGGCAGAACAAGUGUAUACGCUGCGGCGGGGCGGGGCACACGGCGAAGGCCUGUACUUCGCCAAUAAAGUGCUUAAAGUGCGGUGGACCACACACAAUUGGUCACACUGACUGCGCCCGGUCGGCCUUGGUGUGACUCCUCAGCUGCGCGUAUUACAAGUGAACUUGGGCAGAGGAGAGAGGGCCCAGGAUAUCGUCCUCCAGACUGCCCGAGAAAAGAAAGUGGACGUGCUCUUGCUGUCGGAGCUGUACCGACCGCCUGCCAAC